ACCAUGUUUAAAUUAAAUUACAAUAGUACUAUAUUAUUAAUUUUUAAUUUAUUGAUAUAUUAGAUUUUUUAAAACUUAUGAAGAUUAUUUGUUUUAUUUGAUUUUUUUUAUUGAACAUCAUGAUGUGUGAUAUGUAGAAGGUCUAAAAUUUUAUUAGUAAAUGGAUUGAAAUGUGUCAAAAAGUAAUUUUUAAUUAUUACCACUAGUUAAAAAUAAUAUUUUUAUGAAAUGUUUACUUGUUCUAUUUGUGAUGAAACAUUUGUUGGUUGUUACCAAACUGCAGUAUUCACUACAUUAUGUGGACAUGUAUUUCAUCUCCAUUGCCUUAAAACGUGGUUAAAUAGGGCCAAGACUUGUCCAAAUUGUCGUUCAACAGUUUUAGAAAACCAACUUAUCAAAUUAUUUUUACAAAUAGAUCCUAAUGCUCGUAUAAUAUGGAAUAGACAAAUUGAUGAUGAGUUGCAAUCUUUAAGGAAACAAGUUAAAGAUCUGCAAGAAAAAGAAAAAAAAAAUUCUGUAUUUAUAACUAAUCUAGAAUCCCAACUUAAACAAUGGAUGCAAAAAACUGAACAAAAUAAUAAUUCUCUACAAUCUCAAAAGCUUGAGAUUGACAAAUAUAAAAUACAUGUUACUCAGUUAAAAGAGCAAAUAGGAACAUUUAACAUAAACUACUUUUUGUUAGAAGAACAAAAAAAAAAUUUAGAGACGCAAUUACAAACAGAGAAAGCAAAACGAGUAUCCUUAGAUAAGAGUAUUUAUGAAUUACAUUCUGUCAAUGCUGUUGUUAUUGAUAAUUUGAAGUCAGAAAUUGCUGACUUAAAAGCUGAAAAAGCAUAUUACUUAAAUAAAUGUCAAGAAUUUGAAAACAUAAAAUCUUUGCAUAAUCCAAGCACAUCAAAUAUUGAUGAAAGAUUAGUUAUGACUAAUAUUGAAGAUUAUAUAUUGAAACCACAAGUUGACAAAAAAAAAAUUGAAUAUUGUGGAUACGACUCAAAUUUAAAGUUAUCUUCAAAAAAAUUUCUUUUGGGUUGUAUAUUUUUAAUUGUUGAAGAUUAUCCACAUUGUGAAGAUUUAUGUAGUGAUAUAUCUAUGACUAAACUUAGUAUUAUUGAGCAUGGUGGAACAGUUGUUCAAUCAUAUUCUUCUCGUGUUACACAUGUAAUUUGUGCAUCUCAAAAACACAGUAUUGUUGAACAAGGUUUAAAAGAUAAUAAAAGAUGUGUGACUGAUUAUUGGCUUUCUGAUGUUAUUGCUAAACAAGCUAUGCUACCUCCCUGGUUUGCACAUCAUUUACCUACACCAUUUAGUGACAACAAUAUUUUACCAUGUCAACAUUUGCAAAUAGCAAUUGCUGAUUUUGAUGUUAAUGAGUACUAUCGAGUAAGAAGUAUGGUAAAAUUAACUGGUGCUCAAGUCAUUAAUGAAGUUAGUUCUAGAACAGAUAUUGUUAUUAGUAAAAGACUUCAGGGUGAAAUGGUUGAAAAAGCACAAGCUCUGAAAAGGUGUAUAGUCAAUGUUGAAUGGCUAAAUGAUAUACUUUUUGGUGCCCAAUAUUGUAUAAAUCAUCCGCAUAGUCCUAAGUAUCAACAGUUUAAUAUUGUCAAUCCUUUUUCUAUAAAUUAUGAUAUGGUGUCUAAUUUAAUGAAUGCUUGGAAAACUCCUGUAGCUUAUUUAAAAAAUACCCAUGUGUAUGAUCUAACUGAUAGCCCAAUAGAUGAUUUAAAUUGUAAAAAGCCAAAAUUAGCAGAUUCAAAUCCAGAGCUAAUUGAUUUAACGGAUAAUGAUGAUGUUAAUACAAAUGAUAUAGUUAUAACUUAUGUAUCUUAUGGAAAAAAACCAUAUGUUAUGUUUUGUGGGUUUUCUAUCCUUGAACAAGAAGCACUGCAACAAAUAUUAUUACAACUAGGUGGUGUAAUAGCAAAACAAUGCAAUGAAGCCACUCAUUUAAUUAUGAAAGAGCCAAAAAAAACGUUAAAGUUCCUAUGUUGUUUGUCAACUGUCAAUCAAAUAGUUAAUGAGAGUUGGUUAAGAGAUUCUUAUAGUGAAUUGAAAUUUAAAGAUGAGAUGCAUUACACAAUAAAAGAAAUUUAUGAUAAAAAUGAAAUAGUUUGUAGAGUUCCUCGUGUUCUUGUAAGUGCAUUACGCCAGAAUCUCUUCAGACACAAGAUAUUUUAUAUAACUCCUGGAAUUUUGUAUCCACCUUAUUCACGUUUUGAAGAAAUUAUAUUAUCUGCUGGUGGAAUAGUCGAAAAAGAAAUACGAUCAAUUAAUAAUGUACAACUACUUACUCCAAAUACCUAUUUUGUAAUAUCUUGCUCAGAAGAUUUACAUUUGGUCAAUGACUUCUUGAAAAUAAAUUACAUUAUUUAUUCUUCAGAAUUUAUCAUAAGUUCAAUCAUGUUACAAAGCAUUCAAUCAAAUAGUCACUUUAUAUCAUAUGCUGCAUAUGAGUGAUUAUCGGAAAUACUUGAGUCCUGUUACUACAAGAAAUUUUUCUAUGAACAAGUCUGAAUCUAAAACUGCAAUAUGAGCAGCACGUCCAAUUAGUGAAUUAGCUGUAUUAGGUAAUGCGUGGUGUACAUCAUAUCUAAUAAAUGUUACUUCAGGUUUAUUGAUAAUUGGACACAAUAUGUUGUUCACCAUUUCUCUAUAUGCUAACCCUGUAAAGUAUAAUUUGUGUGUAUGAAUUUACAUAAAUAUAUGUUAUUUAUUUAUAAUAUAGAAUGUUUAAUCAUUUUAAAUAAAUAGUAUUUGUUACCUGUUGA